AUGCUACUCUCAAACAAUCACGAAAACUUCAAUUCGUUCAUCCUGCGGGAUGCGACAUCUCUGAUGGUAGUUGCAUCAUCACUGGCUUUCGUCUACUUCGCCACUACGGUCAUCUACAACAUCUACUUCCACCCGCUCCGCCACUUUCCGGGACCGAAACUGUAUGCAGCUAGCCGAUUACCGUAUGCGAUAGAUCUCCUUCGGGGGACUCUUGUAAAGAGGAUCACGGAGCUCCACAACAAAUACGGCGAAGUCAUUCGGAUCGCCCCUGAGGAACUCUCCUUCACCAGUGCAGACACGGCAUGGCAAGACGUCUACGGCUUCCGCGGCUCCAAGAAGCCCGAGAUGCAGAAGGAUCGCAAGUGGUACAGCACUGCUCCCAACGGCGUGACUUCGAUUAUCGAGUCCAAUCGCGAGGACCAUUCACGCCAGCGCCGAGCUUACUCUCACGCUUUCUCGGACCGUGCGUUGCGAGAACAGGAACCGCUAAUUCAGAAAUACAUCUCCCUGCUUCUACAGCGUUUGACGGAUCAUGCUGCUCAGGGAAACAUCGUAGAUCUCGUUCAGUACUACAACUACACGACGUUUGACAUCAUCGGCGACCUGGCCUUCAACGAGCCAUUCGGAUGUCUCGAGAAUGACAAGUAUCACGACCUCGUCCAAGGCGUGUUCGCCACGCUGCGAGGCUUCGCACUCAAGACAGCUCUUGCGUACUACGAUGUCCUUCGCUUGCUGGUCUACACACUCAAUCCGAGCGGUGCUCAGAAAGGCCCGAUUGAGUUCUUCAAGUUCACGAAGGACCGCGUGCGGAAGCGGCUGGGAACCGAGACUGCGCGACCGGAUAUCACGUCGUACGUCAGCGAUCAGGUGGAAUCCGGCAACAUCAGCGUGGACGAGCUAGAUUCCAACGCGCUUCUGCUGCUUAUUGCCGGUAGCGAAACGACCGCGACGGUUUUGUCUGGAACCACUUAUCUGCUGCUAAAACAUCCCGAAGUCAUGAAAAAGGUCGUCCGUGAGGUCAGAGACCAUUUCAAGAGCAAGGAGGAAAUCACUUCCGAGAGUGUGAGCCGCCUGACGUACCUCGUUGCCGUUCUGAACGAAGGAAUGCGCAUGUAUCCGCCCGUACCGACAGGAUUUCCACGGAUAGUUCCGGAGGGUGGAUCGACGGUCAGCGGGUAUUACGUGCCGGAGAAGACAUCGCUAUACGUAACGCAAUGGGCCACGUACCAUAGCGAGCGUAACUUCACCAAACCUGAGUCUUUCAUCCCGGAACGCUGGCUCGAGAACCAUUCGGGGUUUGAAAAGGACCGCAAAGCAGCGUUUUCGCCCUUCUCAUUUGGCCCUCGAGCUUGCCUCGGUAAGAACCUUGCAUACAUGGAGUCUCGCGUCAUUCUUGCACAGGUUUUGUUCAACUUUGACAUCGAGUUGAUCGACGAAAACAUGGACUGGAUGGAUCAGAGGUGCUUUGUUCUCUGGGAAAAGCCUGAUCUUAGGGUAAAGUUGAAGCCCGUGGAGGCACACUGA